AUGUCUGUUGGUGUAAACACAGAAACCCUAGUGAGAAUUGAGGAGAUACAAGGAAGAGGCAGAGGGCUUGUAUGUACUCAGCCCUUAAGAGGUGGCCAAGUCGUGCUCAUAGAUUCUCCAAUCCUCCUCUAUUCAGCACUCCCUUUAACCAAACAACAAGACUCAACCUUCCUUUACUGCGACAAAUGCUUCAAAACUAUACAAUCAGCAUCAGUAUCUUGCCCCACCUGCUCUCACCAUCAGUUCUGCAGCCCCAGUUGCCUUUCCGCUGCUCUGUCAUCUUCUCACACUCCUUGGGUCUGCCAGUCUCUUACCCGCCUUCGCCAAAACCUAGAUUUUCUUCAGCAUCACUGUGUGGAACGUCAAAUCCAAGCGCGAUUCCUCAUUGCUGCCUGCAAUCUUGCAUUCGUUUCGCCUUCGGAUUUUCAAUUUUUGUUGUCGCUGCAAGGCCGUGCUGAAGAUGAAGAUCCAGGUACUGUCCAGUUCUUGCGUUCUGUAAUCUCAUCUCUGUGUCCUCCUCCACCAAUUGAGGGGUUCUCUUUUAGCUUGGAACUUAUUGCGGCUUUGGUUGCGAAAGACAAAUUUAAUGCUUUCGGAUUAAUGGAGCCUUUGAAUCUUAAUGAAGAGAAUGGUGGGCAAAGAUCGGUGAGGGCUUACGGUAUUUAUCCUAAGGCAGCUCUUUUUAAUCAUGAUUGCCUUCCAAAUGCUUGCAGGUUUGAUUAUGUUGAUACGGCUAAUAAUGGGAAUACUGAUAUUAUUGUUAGAAUGAUUCAUGAUGUUCCGCAAGGAAGGGAGAUUUGUUUAAGUUAUUUUCCAGUAAAUAAUAAUUACUCCACUAGACAGAAAAGAUUGCUGGAGGACUAUGGAUUUACCUGUGAUUGUGAUCGUUGUAAGGUCGAAGCCACUUGGUCAGAUGAGGAGGGUGAUAGUGAUAAUGGUGAUGAUAAUGAGGCGAUGGAAGAGGAUGUCGAUGAGCCAAUGGAGGUACCAUCUAAUGGUGAAGACAUUGACAAUGAUAAUGGCACUGACUUUCCUCAUGCUUAUUUCUUUUUGAAAUACAUGUGUACUCGAAAUAAUUGCUGGGGUACACUAGCUCCUCUUCCUUCAUCUGAUGCUAAGCCAUCAAAUUUAUUGGAAUGUAAUGCCUGUGGUAAUGUAAAAAAUGAUGAGGUUUGUUGA